GGCUUCCACCCCCAACUUGUUGUUUUUGCAGAGAUUGACUGGGGUAAAAUUGACUUGUUUCCUCUUUUCUCUCUUGUUUUUUUUUUUUUUUUCGUGACAUUUAGACAGGCUUCAUUCUUUGGCCUCACCUUUUAUAUCAAGAAGCGGCGCGCAUUUCUACUAUGUCACUGACCCAGCACAAACGUGCCUUUUCUGCAAGUUUCACACGAAGCUUUUGGCGAAGCAAAGUCUGCGUUGACCCAGUUUGGGUGUGCAUGAUGUGUUAGUGCAAGCCGCAGCACGGGACAUGUUUUGGUCGGAUGAGCAGGUGACUUCCAGCGUGAAGGAGAUGAGUUUCGGGGGACCGAUCACGCCUGCCUUGGAGCUCAGCCUCACCGCCGCCUACACCGUCCUGUACGGGCUGCUCUUCUUCAUUGUCUACCUGCAGCUGUGGCUCAUCCUGCACUAUGGUUACAAGCGCUGCAGCUACCAGAGCGUCUUCUUGUUCCUUUGCCUGCUGUGGGCAGCGCUCAGGACGACUCUUUUCUCCUUUUACUUCUACAAUGCGGCGCAGGCCAGACAAUUACAGCCGCUCACCUACUGGCUGCUCUACUGCUGCCCCAUUUGCCUGCAGUUUUUCACCCUCUGCCUGCUAAACUUCUACUUCUGGCAGGUUAUGUUCAAGGCCAAAGCCAAGUAUUCUCCAGAGAUGACCAAAUACAGAAUCCUGCUAUGUUUUUUCUUCCUGUCUCUCAGCGUAUUCUUCCUUGUGGUGAAUUUAACGUGUGUGUUGUUGACGCAAGGAGCGUUGGAGCACUGCCAAUCGCCAAGUGACAGGAGUCUAAGGCACACAGUCCUGUCCCGCGUUGUGAUCAACGACAGUCUGUUCGUUAUGUGUGCUGUCUCUUUGGCCAUCUGCAUCUUCCGCAUUGCCAAGAUGUCCUCAGCCAACGUGUACCUGCAAUCCAAAGGAACCUCAGUAUGUCAAGCCACAGCCAUUGGAGCCAUGGUUAUUCUGAUCUACACGUCCAGAGCUUGUUACAACCUGGUGGUGGCGCUGUUUCUGCUGGACAAACCUGAUCUCUGCAACUACAUUUGGUGCAGUGUUUCUGACCAGGCUGACAUGCGGAAAAUGAGCGAAAACACCUACAUUGUGUUUGGGAUCAUAUUGUUCUUUUGGGAGUUGCUGCCAACCAGCCUGAUGGUGUUUUUCUUCCGAGUCCAAAGGCCAGCCUACGACCUGGUUUCUGCAGGACUGAUCCACAGCCACACUUUCGGCUCCAGGGACUCGUACUUCGGCAACCCAGGAAGGUAUGACAGCGAUGACGACCUGUCCAGAAGCUUCAACAGCAGAGGCGAUCGGGGCAGCCUGCUCCCCUCCAACGUGCAGCCCGGUUGUGCGUCCAGCUGGUACGGUUCUAUCCAGCACAACGGGACUCUGGUGUCCACCCGGCCGCCGCCCACCUCCACAGCCCCCCUUCUCUUCGCUUCCGGCAACGUCCAGAGUGCCCAGCACCACCACCACAACUAUUACUCCACCCCGCAAAGUACUCACCACCACCACAGUUAUCACUACUCCACCCCGCACACGUAAAAAACCCCUCUACAUUUCCACGCAUAAUUAAGGAGAAAUAUUUUCUCCAAAAGUCACAAGUUGUGGACCAGCCCUGAGCACCAAAAUCACGAAGCAGCUUUUUGUCUUUUCUUAUAGUGCAGUCAUUGUUUUAAUGUUUUGGAAAUAAACUCUUUCAAUGAUA